UCCAACCACAACCAAGUUGUUUUGUUUUUACUGUUGUCAGUUCUUCAGUUUAGUUUUUACAUUUUGAUAAUUUUGUUGUCCGAGCUGAGAAUGCUUGAAUUAAAAGAAAUUGCUUUUACCCACUAGGCCUAGUUAGUUUUAAUUUGUCAAGCAGAUGGCGACUAAUAAGUGUAAAGUAUUUUUGGGAUUCGAGGACGAACAAAUAACUCAGAAGUUCAAGUCUGUUGUAAAUUUUAUGACCAAUAAAGUUGGUGGAAAGCCUGAUUGGGUUGAAAACAAGCCAACAGCAAACCCACUAUGUCAACUAUGUGGAUUGUCUUUACCACUGAUUGUACAGAUUUAUGCGCCACUUGAAAAGUCACCAUACCACCGAACCCUGUACAUAUUUGGAUGUAUCAACCCAAACUGCUGGAAUCAAAAAGGAAGCUGGGUUUGUCUGAGGAGCCAGAUACUCGAUACCAAGUCGGUAGAAACUGAAUCCGACAGACAAGAGACGACACAAAACUUUGAUUGGUGUGAGGGUGCAGACAACUGGGAGGACGAGGAAAAUGGCAACUUCAUCCAAGGAGUUAACAACGACCCGAGCAUGAUCAACGGCAACCUGAGCAGCCGAAUGGAGGGGUUGUGUGUGGCAGGGGGAGGAGCAGAAGGGGGAGAGGAGGUCUCUGCGGCUGGAGCGAUGUGUAACCCACUGAGCUACCUGGCCACGGCCGAGAUAGAGGGUGAUGAGGGGGAGGUGGUCACUAUUGACACUCCCACCACAGCUCAGACCGACGUCAUUGCACUCUUCGACAAGGUCAAACCUGUGCCACAGGUCCCCUCAGACUCGUUACAGUUUGCGAGUUUCUUCAUAAGCGUGUGUGAAGAAGACGUCGCCAAAACCGUGAGUCCAGUGAACGCGGAUGUCUACAAACACAUGAUGAUGGACGAGGAGGUAAACUCUGUCAUCAACAAGACGACGACAGAGGCAGAAGUGAACGCAAGUGAUACAGGAGAGAAGUACGAGAAAACUCUCCCUCCCCACGGAGACAAACUGUUCCACCAGUUUAUCACAAGGAUACAGCGGAACCCAGGGCAAAUAUUGAGGUACAUCAGGGACGGAGGUGCUCCGCUGUUUCUGUACCCUCCAAGCGACGUGCCGCGAUGUUGCCAGCACUGCCAUGGAGACCUCGUCUUUGAGUUACAGCUGUUGCCAACCCUGAUAACACGUCUGCAGCUCUCCGGUAGUGGCUCGGGUCACAUAGAGUUCGGCACAGUCCUCGUCCUAUCAUGUCUGCGGAGUUGUUGGGCAGUCGAAGAUGUCGCUCGUACGGAAUACAUUCUGGUCCAGCGAGAAAUGUAGAUAAUGUCUGUGAUUGUAAACGAUACUUCCGACUACACGGCAAGUUUAAUUCAGUUUGGCCUAAUACUUUCAAUUCCUUCAUUUCAUCAGUAAAUGUAAAGUGUCCUCAAUCAUACAAUCAACAUUAUAAUAUUAGGAGUUUUUCGAUCGUAGAACAAGCUUAUUUAUGUCAUUUUUAUGUGAUAAUAUUGUGUUGUAAGAGAGAGGCUACGUAAGUUAAUAAUACAAAAAUAUUAUUUUGAAAACUAAGCUCAGAGGAGUAAAAAAAGUCUUAAAAAGAAAAUUAGGCUAAUUAAUAUUCUAAGUUAUGUCUUUAAUUAAUAGGUAUUCACCAAGAAUCACAAACAAGAUUAAAAUUCGACACAUUAAAAAAAUUGCAUUAUAAUGGACGUAAUAGGCCCCACCAAUGAUUAUUUAUUUUUAAGUUUUAGAUUAGGACCUUUUUUUUAAAACCUUUUGUUUUGAUGCAUAUUUGUAAUAUUUUUUACUCUCAAUGUUAAGAAAAUGUUCAUUGAUAAAUGUGGUCAAUUUUAAUGUAUUUUAAUUUGUUACACAGCUUUUGAUUAUAUAGUUAAUUAUGGUUAUACUUGCAAUGUUAUACUAUUUAAACAUUUAUUUUAUUCAAAAUCUAAUGUAUAAGAUUCAAUAUAAAUGCAUUAUUUACCUUUAAAAUAUGUACAAGUACUGUUGAACAGUUAAGAAAUAUAUAGAAAUUGUUAGGCUCUUACGAUUUCAUAAAAUGUUUCAAUAGGUCUUUGGAAUAAGUGUUAUUAUUCAUCAUGUUGUAUUUAGCGAAUUUCCCCUAUAGGGAAUAAGCUAUUACCGUAGUACUCAUGGUAAGACCUGGACCCGGGACCGAUUUACUUUUUCGUUUUGAGGUCCCUAGAAACCAAAAACCAUUUAUAUAUAGCGCGAUAACUCAAGCAAAAAUCAUCCGAUUUUGAUGAAAUUUGGUACAAUCGUGUAAACCUACGUUUAUUCUAAUGAGUUCCCGAACCAGCAUGAUCAGACUAUGGGAACAGGGGUUUAUGAGGGGUUUUAGGGGGUAAAAAUUGGUUUUUCCCAUUUUUGACCCUAAAAACUUAAAAUUUAGCAUUUUCUUUCCAAACCAUUUUGUAAAGCUUAAAGAAACCAAAUAAUUUAGUGUAUUGAAGCGUUAUUAUUAUGCGCCUAAUGGUUACGGAAAAAAUUUCAAAAAUCUGUAAAUUUAAAAUUCCCAUGUUAUUCUUAUGGAGAAUAAGUAAACUGUUGCAGUUUGCUUGUUUAUGAACAUAUUUUGAUGAAAUUUGGAAAAUGCAUUAAUUUCAUACUAAAUUAUUAUUUUACAAAAAAAUACCUUUUUACCCUCCCUGUUGCUCGUUACUCGUUAAACUAAUGUUAUUUAAAUAGGGAAUAAAUGUUAUAUUUUUAAGGAGACAUUUUAGUGUAAAUCCAGUCAGGCAAAUGGAAAUUCGCUUAGUCUGCAGGUUUGCUGCGGCGGGGGUAUUUUUAUCAUACUUGUUUUAUUCAGACAAAUAAUCUCUUUCUGUUAUACACAUCAAGUGAUUUUUGCUAUGAUAUUGGUUUUAUGACCAAGAUUAUAUUUGCUGAUCUGCUUCAAAAAUCCUACGUUGUAAAACAGAAGUGCGAGUGAAAAUUCACCUAACACUCAACCUUAAUGUUAUUCUUAGGAAUCCAGACCUGUCCUUGUAAAACUGACCCUUAAUUUUUAAACAAGUACCGAACUUAAAAUUUUUGAAAGUCAUUAAUUUUGAAUUGCUUCCACAGUUCUUCUGGUUGCUAGAAAUGCGUUGAAUUUAAUGUAUCAUUAUUUGAAAAAUCAAUCGCCAGAUGAAAAUGACCUUGCUUGGUUUUUUCUAGAGAGAAAUUAAACCUUAGAAUUUUUAACUCAUUGGAAUCAAACGGAAGCUAUAGUCAAAUUAUUUGCCAUAUUUUGCUAACCCCACCCUCUCCACUUGUUUUGUGAUAAGUUUUUGUAUAACUGAUUUUAUUGUUUGACAUCUCUCACUUGACAACUGUCAGUCACUCAUAAAGGUAAACAUCUAAAUUUGUCUUAGCUUAAUAGACUUUUAAGUUGUAAACCAUACAGAUGACAAUAAUUUGAAUACUUUAAUUUGAUGAAAAUAUGAUUGUUUUGUCAUAUCUUGUCAUAAAGACUGUGUGCGUACUCAUAUUUUCAUGACUUCUGCUAGGUUGAAUCUUCUUCCAGGACCGGGAUUCUAUUAUUUACAUGUUGUGUCUUCCUAGGGAAUAGCGUGAGGAUUUUAGAUGGUGUGAUCAAAGACUUGACGUAGAAAUGGUCUUUUCUUUUUCUUGUCUAGUUCUAAGAAUAUGGAUAAGAUUAAGUUCUUUAUUAGUGUAUUUCAAUUUUGAGGGUUAGAAUGUGAAAAACAGUUACAAUGAUUACUGUCUUCCUUCUUGAUUCCGACCCCUAAUAUCACAGAGAAGUAAGAUACAGAGGAAACAUGCAUAUGGGACGUGCGCUUUUAGCUCUGGGAUGGUGGGGCGGAAAUAUACUAGUACAGAGCAAAGAAGAGCCCCAACGGUUAUUGUUUACAACAGCUCAGUUGCAGUGCACAGGCUCUAGUGUGAGUGCUGUAGUACGUGAUGAGGAGGGGGAGAGGAGAGCGGAAGGGGACGACCAAUAGAAUUUGCACUAGACACAUGCGACUGGUGCUAGACUCGACUUAAGUGUACCAUUGAAUGUUUCCGCUGUAUCUUACUUCUUCUCUGUGAACAAUGUUUAACUUAUUAACUGUUGGUUAAGUUCUUUGAAAAAUCAUAUUUUCACUCAUUCCAACACAGUUUGUCUGAUAUAAAUAGCUCAUUUAAAAAAUAUUUAACCUUUGUCUUUGGAUAGGGCUAGUAGACUUCUCAUCUUAUUGUUAAAUCUGAGCACGUUUUUAUGUAUGUUUGUUGGUGACAGACAAGUGUACUCAUGUGGAUAAAACGUUUCCUUUUGUAUUCAAGAGAAGGUUGUUACAUUUUUUUUUGUAUUUUUUGGCUAAAAUCACAGAAGAAAACCAAUUGUUUUAUUUAGUUGAAAUAGUUUUCAAAUAGGUCUAAUAAUAAGAAUUAAAUUGUAAACGGCAUAACCACCUUUUCAUGAAUUUACCUUAAAAUUGUUUUCAGUUGAUCUGUAUGAAUGAUGAAUCUAUGAGUUUCCAUCUAUAUCUAUAUAUUAAUACGCAAGCAUUUUUCUUUUCACAGUCAUAACUCGAUAACGGCUGGACGGAUUUUAACGUUUGAUGUGUCAAAUUAAAUGAAUUCUUUUCUUACGUAGAUGGGCAAAUACGUCUCAGAAUGUUAAGAAAGGGCAUCACUUAAGUACAGUUAAGGGCUAAAGUUUUGGAACCGUGGCGCUAUCCGUCGUCAUUCUUUAUCGAAAAAGAUAAAGUUGUUUAUCUUUUUUGAUAAACAGUCAAAGUUAGUAGCCCAGCAGAUUUUCAAUUUUAUUACACAAUAAAACCACGCUGUAAACAAUUAUAUGUAUACAAAUAAACACUAAUUGGUUUGGUAAUGUUACACAAGAAAAAGAAACACAUUGAUCUACCCUCAAACUAAUUAAUAACAUAGCUCUAAGUCUUCAAGACGAUUAAAAUCAUAAACAAAUGUAGUAUGAUUGGUUUAGAAGUGCCAAGGAAGACCUUGAUUUGCUGUUUCAAAAUUUGGUCAUGUUUGCCAGAAAGUUCCAUGUGCUGAGUCAUUGACAAACAAUACAGAACAAUAGACUGCUCAUCAGUAUGGCACAACGUACAUAUGUUCAGAUUUUGGGUGUUGCAACACCCAUGCGGAUAUUGACUAAAUAUUUAUAGAUGUAGUAGAACCACAAAAGUACAAAAAUAUAUAAAACUUAAUAUUCCUCUGUUGCUAAUUAAUUAGUAUUUCAACCUCUAAUUCCAAAUCAGGGAUCGAGGUAUACAGUAGGCUUAAAGUAACACACUUUAAUAUUUGAAAUUAAACACUUGAGCACAGAUGUUACCGUACCAGGGCCCUGUUUCAUAAUAAAUAACAAACUAAUAUUAUUUGUAAAUCAGCUGAUCGCCCAACGCAAAUCUUAUGGAAAUUACAAGUUAAAGCUUGUAACUUGUAGUUUUAUUAUGAAACAGUGCCCAGUGUCUACAAACAAAUUAAAUUACCUGGUUAAUGUACUGUAACCAAAAUUUUAAGUUGUCUAAUUUGCACUACACUAGCCCAAGAAUCAUAGUGCUGAGCAUUGUGUAAUUUAAAUGUUUAAUCCUUUAAGUCAAGCUCGUUUCUACUCAGAAUUAGUUGGACAAUUAUAUCAAUAAACUCAACCUUAAUUUACAAAUAACUUAAAAUCUAAACAAUUAUUUGAUAUCUUUAUCUCCAUACGUGUAAGUUUUAACCAUUUGGAAUAGUUACCUUUUAGGAUAAUGUAACAUGUUAGAUAAAGGUGUACAAUUGAUCUCAUUAAACACAUUUUUUAUGUAUGUCAUAAAUAGAUAGAAAUAGGUAAAUAGUAAAUUAAAGGUGAUUCAAUCCAAUAAAAAAUACACUUAUGCA